CGCGCCGGCCCGCGGCAGCUGCGGGAUCCAACAUGCGCCGCUCGGUCUGGCUGGCGCUGGCCGCGUCUCUCUUACACGUGUCCCUGCAAGGCGAGUUCCAGAGGAAGCUCUACAAAGACCUGGUCAAGAACUACAACCCAUUGGAGAGGCCCGUGGCCAACGACUCGCAGCCACUCACUGUCUACUUCUCACUGAGCCUCCUGCAGAUCAUGGACGUGGAUGAGAAGAACCAAGUUUUAACAACCAACAUUUGGCUGCAAAUGUCUUGGACAGAUCACUAUUUACAGUGGAAUAUGUCAGAAUAUCCGGGCGUGAAGAAUGUUCGUUUCCCAGAUGGCCAGAUUUGGAAGCCAGACAUUCUUCUCUAUAACAGUGCUGAUGAACGAUUUGAUGCCACGUUCCACACCAACGUGUUAGUGAAUUCUUCUGGACAUUGCCAGUACCUCCCUCCAGGCAUAUUCAAGAGCUCCUGCUAUAUUGACGUGCGCUGGUUCCCCUUUGAUGUGCAGCACUGCAAACUGAAAUUUGGGUCCUGGUCUUAUGGAGGGUGGUCCUUGGAUCUACAGAUGCAGGAGGCAGAUAUCAGCGGCUAUAUCCCAAAUGGAGAAUGGGACCUUGUGGGAGUCCCGGGCAAGCGGAGUGAGAAGUUCUAUGAGUGCUGCAAAGAGCCAUACCCGGAUGUCACCUUCACAGUGACCAUCCGCCGCAGGACCCUCUACUACGGCCUCAACCUGCUCAUCCCCUGUGUGCUCAUCUCAGCCCUGGCCCUCCUCGUCUUCUUGCUCCCUGCAGACUCUGGGGAGAAAAUCUCCCUUGGAAUAACGGUUUUACUCUCUCUUACUGUCUUCAUGCUGCUGGUGGCUGAGAUCAUGCCUGCAACGUCCGACUCAGUGCCCUUGAUAGCCCAGUACUUCGCCAGCACCAUGAUCAUCGUUGGCCUCUCGGUGGUUGUCACAGUGAUUGUGCUGCAGUACCACCACCACGACCCCGACGGCGGCAAGAUGCCCAAGUGGACCAGAGUCAUCCUUUUGAACUGGUGCGCGUGGUUCCUGCGCAUGAAGAGGCCGGGGGAGGACAAGGUGCGCCCGGCCUGCCAGCACAAGCAGCGCCGCUGCAGCCUGGCCAGCGUGGAGAUGAGCGCGGUGGCGGGGCCGCCGGCCGCCAAUGGAAACCUGCUCUACAUCGGCUUCCGGGGGCUGGACGGCAUGCACUGCGCCCCCACCCCCGACUCGGGGGUCGUGUGCGGCCGCAUGGCCUGCUCUCCCACACAUGACGAGCACCUGCUGCAUGGCGGACAGCCCUCCGAGGGGGACCCAGACCUGGCCAAGAUCCUGGAGGAGAUCCGCUACAUCGCCAACCGCUUCCGCUGCCAGGACGAGAGCGAGGUCAUCUGCAGCGAGUGGAAGUUCGCGGCCUGCGUGGUGGACCGCCUGUGCCUCAUGGCUUUCUCCGUCUUCACCAUCAUCUGCACCAUCGGCAUCCUGAUGUCGGCUCCAAACUUUGUCGAGGCUGUGUCCAAAGACUUCGCUUAACUUGGUUCUUGUUCCCAGCGUGUAGGAAAUGCAAAGAUAGGCGAUGUUGUUGGCUUGGAGAGAAUUUGGGGUGCUAAUCCCACAGCAGCAUUAAACGUGAGGAUGCCAAUGUACCCUUAGCACUGUCAGUCCUGUCGGUUACAGUUUCCUUGUUGCUUUCUGUAAUUGGAUCUCAGCACGUUUUUGUUUAAUCUUCUCAGGUGGGCUACUUGAUAUCCUUGGGACAUCCUUGAGGGCAGCAGAACCACUGAGAGGUCAUUUUUCCCUUUCCCCACUGCCUGGUGAGCUCUUCAGACAGGUCUGGGUAGCGCAGGACUGCCAGGGGAGGCCUGUACAGCUGGUUUGCUUGCCUGCAUGUCACUUGCCAUGAAGGCCUACAUGAAAAUGCAACAUAUGCUUUUGCCUGUGUACAAACCUAGAUUGAAACUAAUAAUAAUAAUAAACAAAACUCACUAAAUCCGUUCAAAUAAUUGACUGGUGAAAGGAAACUAAACUAAACUAAAUUAAAACUAAAAACCUAACUGCUGAUUUUCCUUUAAUUCAGUUUUUAUAUUUCUCUACCAAAGAUGGUAGAAAGCAAUAGUUUUAUGCUAUUUCUACAUUAAAAAAAAAAAGCAAAGAGAUAUAGUUGGUCUUGUAAAUUAUGCUUUUACCUGCCUGAUUUCUGCCAAACUACUCUGUGAGGGGAAUCAGGAGGGACACAGGUGUGUGUCAGUUCUGAACUAGGACCAGACCCAGUCAAGUUGGGAAUUUCUGUAGAUCCCAGGUGACUCUCAAGCUUUCUGCUGCCCCCAGACACUGCGGAGUUGAGUGAGUCUGCUCUAUUCUGCAAAACCUGAACAACAAAUAGAGUUCUGUUAGAAUUGCCAACUCAAUGUAGUAGAUAAAACUAAAUUAAACCAUCUAUGUGUUUUAAAACAAAAAUGCAUUAGAUGCUUCACAUGUACUGGAGUUGAUUAGUGUUAGAAAUUCGUGGAUCCAAACAAAUGCACACAUAAAGUGAAAGUUUUCUAUGCUUUUUCUCCAUGUGGCAGGGCCAGGGGGCAGGG